AUGCACGUGCCCGUGUUCCACCUGCCGAUGCUCUCGGUCGACGAGCAAGCGUCGCUCGUGUCCCUCGGCGCGUCGGCCUUUUGCGAUCUCAUUGACACGACCGCGCGCCUCGACCGCAACCGCCACGCCGCGGUCCAGCUCCCGGCGCGCCACCCGGACGUCGACGACCGCAUCUCGUUCCACGCCUCGACGCUCGUCAAGCACACGAAUCUGGACGCGAUCGCGACCUAUCACAUCACAGCGACCGAGGCCAACGACGUGUACUGCCGCACCUUCCACUGCCUCCUCACGUCCGUCCUGUACACGCUCGAAUUGCCGUCCGCGGGUCGCCCGUACCAUUACGUGGCGGUGCGCUGGCUGCUCCUGCCCUCGACGCUGCCGUGGGUCAAGCCGCGCGACGUGGUCGUCAUCGAGUACAUGGACUCGUAUGUCGGACGGGACGGCGUUCCCGGCUUUGCGCGCUGCGUGCACUCGAUCGACCACCGCUGCGCCCCGUCGCUGGUCGCGACGCAUGGUUUUGUGCGCGGUCAUUUCGACCACGGACACUCGUUCGCGUCGCGGUAUGCGACCAAGUCGGUGUGCGCUGGCCUCCUCCGGCACUUUGAUACGCUCAACGAGCGCAUCUAUGUGCAUUUCCACGUGCUUCCGCGCAAGAUUAGCGUCUCGGCCUCGACGUGGCGGCCCGACGACUUUGCGUCGACGUCGUGCGGCGACAGGACCGCGUGCACGUACUGCAUGCAGGCGUUCCACCUCUUGCGGCGCCCAACCCUGUGCGAGACGUGCCACCAGAUUUUGUGCAAGAAAUGCACCCGGCGGAUCACCAAGACAUCACGACACCGCGUGUGCCUGACGUGCUACGUGCGCCACGAGAUUGACGGCAGCCCGCGUCCGAUCUUUGCGGAGCCGAUGCUGCUCGAGUCGCCCGGCUGGUCGGAGUUUUGCGCGCGGCGUCCGCCCGACGAUCGCUUUGUCCAGUCGGUCUAG